UGAAACCCUGCGAUGAGCCAUCACAUUCAGUCCAUGCAGUCGCUGUGACGUCAGCCAGCAAUAGUCAUCGCCGCCCGAGCAGCAACGGAAACAGCAUCACGAGCUCCCGCCGCCCUGUCAACCACCGGAUUGAUUUCUAAUGGCAAAAAUCAUCAAUCCACCAUAACGCUUAAAAUUCACAUGCGAUUUUCAGUGACAGCACUAGCCGGUGUGCACAGCGCGUGGUAGCUAUUUAUUUUCAUAUUUAUUUAUUUAUUUAUUUUCCUUUCUCCGUUGAAUUUCAGUAAUGGCAGGGCUCACGGGCUGCGGCUGUUGAGAGGCAGGUGCAUCGUCACGCUCUCGUUGGGCGUUAAUGUGAUGGAUUCCGCAACGAGAUGGACGAAACCCAGCUCAACUUUUACGGUUAACCGAUCCUGCGGGGAAUAAUCAAGGCGAGUCCGUUUUGGCUACCGACGCUUUGGCGCAGGAACGCGAGCUGAGGGCUCGUCUCCUCACCAGAGCGCAACAAAUAUUGAAAACGAUUUAAACGGCCUUUAAGAUUUCCCGCAAUCUGAUGCUUGUGGCAUCGGUCCAUGGACUGAAAAGUGUAUCAUGUACACCUGAUGACAUUUCCAUGGAAACCUUUGCUUUUGGAUGAGCAAAUCGCUGCUAUUUCGAGUCGUGUCAUUCUGCGCUGUAUCGGGCCAUUUAUUCUGUAUCUAACAACAAACUACGAUCAAACGUCGCCAAGAUGAUGGAGCUGGACGAGGUGGUGUAUCAGGACGAUUAUGGGGCCGUAUCUGUCAUGUCGGAGCGGGUAUCGGGCCUGGCCAGCAGCAUCUACCGGGAGUUCGAGCGCCUCAUCCAGAGCUACGAUGAGGAGGUGGUGAAAGAGCUCAUGCCACUCGUGGUGAAUGUGUUGGAGAACCUCGACUCGGUUCUGACAGAGAACCAGGAGCAUGAGGUGGAGCUGGAACUUCUGAAGGAGGACAACGAGCAACUCAUCACACAGUAUGAACGGGAGAAAUCGCUCCGCAAACAGGCGGAGGAGAAGUUCAUUGAAUUUGAAGAUGCCUUGGAGGCAGAGAAAAAGGAGUUACAGUCCAUGGUUGACACCUUAGAGCUACAAUCAAAACAACUGGAGCUGAAGACCAAGAACUACGCUGAUCAGAUUUCUCGUCUAGAAGAACGAGAAUCGGACAUGAAAAAAGAGUAUAAUGCUCUUCACCAACGCCAUACAGAGAUGAUACAGACGUAUGUGGAACAUAUUGAACGUUCAAAAAUGCAACAGGGAAGCGGUAACCAGGAGUCCACAGGCUGCGGACGGGCCAGUCAACGACACACCUGGAGGAAAAGUAAAACAGAUCGCCCCCCGUCAUUGAGUUUGUAUCCUGGUGGAGAUGGCAUGGUACGUGGGGGUCCUGGGGGGGCUAAAAUGGUUUCAUCAGACGUCUGGCAUUCCAGUGAUCUCAGCAGACCUGUCUACGUCCCUGGCUAUCAGGAGGACGGCUCAGAUUCAGAUUCUGUUGCAGCCACGCCCAGCAGCACAGGCAGCAAAUCGAACACUCCCACCUCAUCUGUUCCCUCGGCGACAGUUACCCCUCUUAAUGAUGGGCUGGUAUCAGUGGGAGAGAUUGAAAUGUCCCGGGGGAGAGGCCACAAAAAUGCAAAACGCCUUAGUAGAAACAUGGAGGUCCAGGUCUCUCAGGAAACCAGGAACGUCAGCAUUGGUAUGGGCAGUAGCGAUGAGUGGUCAGAAUUUCAAGAAAUUAUAGACUCAACACCAGAGCUGGACAUGUGCUUGGACCCUCGAAUUUUUGGAGGAGGAAACAGUCCUUCUCAAGGCAUAGUGAAUGAAGCCUUCGGUAUCAACACAGACUCUCUGUACCAUGAGAUCAAAGAUGCUAAGUCAGACAUAAUUGGUGAUGUGGACGCUGGAGCGGAACUACUAGGGGAAUUCUCAGUCCGGGAUGAUUUCUUUGGAAUGGGAAAAGAGGUGGAAAAUCUUCUAACAGAGAACAAACAGCUACUGGAGACCAAGAAUGCACUGAACAUUGUGAAGAAUGACUUGAUUGCUAAAGUGGACGAGCUGUCAAGUGAACAGGAAGUUCUUCGGGAAGAGCUGGAAACGGUGAAACAGUCCAAGACCAAAGUGGACCAGCGGGUUAAAGAACUGGAGGAGGAGCUCAAGAGGUUGAGAGCAGAGGCUUUAGGAUCAUCUCAGGAUUGUAAAGAUGAAGGUGGAGAAGAUUACUCGUCUCCUCUGCAGGACGACGUUGCCAUGACGCAGAGGCGACGGUUUACGCGUGUGGAGAUGGCCCGUGUACUGAUGGAGCGGAACCAGUACAAGGAGAGACUGAUGGAGCUUCAAGAGGCCGUGCGCUGGACUGAGAUGAUCAGGGCUUCUCGGGAGAGUCCUCCAUUACCCGAGAAAAAGAAAUCUAUAAUAUGGCAGUUCUUUGCGCGUCUUUUCAGUUCUUCUGCAAGUCCUCCUCCAGUGAAACGGCCUUACACCAGUGUCAACAUCCACUACAAGUCUCCGUCUAUUGCUGGCUACAACCAGAGGCGCUCACAAACCAUGUGUCAGAUCUCCACAAGCAACUGCAUCCUGGAGUUCCUGCCUGAAGAACUUCCCAGUAACGGUGUUGCGUCUCUCCUCAGCGAUUCGGCGCUCUGUACCCGCAGAGAGCAGCGUCGAGAGCAAUACCGGCAAGUGCGUGAGCACAUGCGCCGGAAAGACGGUCCCAUGCAGACCUGCGGCUGGAGCGUCCCACCCCGAUUCAAACAGAAUGGCUCCCAGGCGGACAGCGGCCAAGAUGCCACAGCGAAGAGGACACAGACCAAUGAGAAAGAAGAUAAUCGUAUGAAAAAUGUUCCUGUUCCAGUAUACUGCCGCCCUCUGGUGGAGAAAGAUCCUAACAGGAAGCUGUGGUGUGCAGCCGGUGUGGAUCUGACUGGGUGGAAGACGUCCAACCAGGAGGCUGCAGACGUAAAGACGACCAAUGGCUCAGAUCCGCUAACCGGUGAAGCUCAAGUCGGAGACAAGAGCGAGCAUAGCUCACCAGAGAAAAAGAAGCCUAAGGAACUGCACGAGACAGACUCGAUGAGCAGCCGUGUAUGGAUCCUGACCAGCACUCAUUCAGCUAGUAAAGUGGUCAUCAUCGAUGCCAACCAACCCUGCUCACUAGUUGACCAGUUCAAUGUGUGUAACGCCCAUGUGCUUUGCAUCUCCAGUGUUCCAGCGGCCAGUGAGAGCGAUUACCCAGCAGGUGAGAUAUUUCUGGAGCAGCAGGGCGGAGGCGACGGUGCCUCAGAGGAAAAGGGUGGAGUGGAGGGCAUGUUGGCAGGGAUCACAAUUGUGGGCUGUGCCACCAACUGCAGCGUAGUACGCAGCAACUGUUCCUCUCGCACUGAUACGCCUGUGCAGGACCGAAGCCAAGCUCCUACAGCUCCUGUGUGUAGAAGUUUGGCAGUGUCACAGUCUGCAGAGGAGGCAACAGAAGCCAUUGAGGUGUCAGAGGAGGCGGGGACAACUGAGAACACAGACAACACCCUCAGAUCCUUCACAGAGCAUGUCUUUACAGACAACACACACAGUGAGGCGGGUGUGCAGAAGGAACGGGUAACAUCAGCUCCAAAAGACUCAGAGGAAGGAGGAGACGAUGGUGCAGGAACGAGCGCAGCUCCCACCAUGUGGCUUGGAGCCCAGAACGGCUGGCUUUAUGUUCACUCAGCAGUGUCAAACUGGAAGAAGUGUCUCCAUUCAAUCAAACUUAAAGAUUCUGUACUAAGCUUGGUGCAUGUGAAGGGCAGGGUUUUGGUUGCGUUAGCCGAUGGCACUCUUGCAAUCUUCCACAGAGCUGAAGAUGGACAAUGGGACCUAUCUAACUAUCAUCUAAUGGAUCUGGGCAGACCCCACCACUCCAUCCGAUGCAUGGCUGUGGUGCAUGACAAAGUCUGGUGUGGUAACAAGAACAAGAUCCAUGUCAUCCAGCCUAAGAGUAUGCAAAUUGAAAAAUCAUUUGACGCUCACCCACGCAAAGAGAGUCAGGUGAGGCAGCUGGCGUGGAUCGGUGAUGGAGUCUGGGUUUCAAUUCGUUUGGAUUCAACCCUUCGCCUGUAUCAUGCACACACACACCAGCAUCUACAGGACGUGGAUAUUGAACCAUAUGUCAGCAAGAUGCUCGGUACAGGAAAGUUGGGCUUCUCUUUUGUCAGAAUUACUGCUCUGCUGAUUGGAGGAAACAGGUUAUGGGUGGGAACUGGAAAUGGAGUCAUAAUUUCUAUCCCAUUGACUGAAACUGUAGUGCUUCAUCGAGGUCAGCUUCUGGGACUGAGGGCCAAUAAGGUGUCGCCCACAUCAUCAGGCGGUGUGAUACAUGUAUAUGCAGAUGACAGUAACUCCGAAAAGAGCAGCUUCAUACCGUAUUGCUCCAUGGCUCAGGCUCAACUCUGUUUUCAUGGACACCGGGAUGCAGUCAAGUUCUUUGUGACGGUGCCCGGCAAUGUGUUGGCCACCCUGAAUGGUAGUGUUUUGGACAGCCCAUCAGAGUCUCAGGGGUCCACAGCAGCCCCAGCGGACACAGAAGCACAGAGUCUUCAGAACGUGCUGGUGCUGAGUGGAGGAGAAGGUUACAUUGACUUUCGUAUUGGUGACGGAGAGGACGAUGAGACAGAGGAACCAGCUGAUGCCGAAUCAGCCACUCAGAUCAAGCCGGCAUUGUCUAAAGCAGAGAGAAGCCAUAUCAUUGUUUGGCAGGUGUCUUAUUGCCCAGAGUAACACUAAUGGACACCUCUUGCCUGCCCCCACUUGCCCCAUAACUCCACCCCAAAGACAGAAUAUAAAGUUUUACCUCUUUCUGUAACUAUACCCCAAAUUCUGCCUUGUAACUACCCCUAUAAAAGUCCUAUACUGAACCCUGUGGCCUGUAUUUUCCUACCCUAAAUUAUAACUACCUGUGCAAUCCGUCGUUUCACCUUUAAAAUAUACCCUGCCUAAAAACACAGCCAGUGUUCAAAACUCUCUGCAUCUUAUGACUGAAUGGCAAAUUAAAUGCGUAUAAACAGCUUAAACCAGUACCAAACUUUGUUAUUGGAGAAACUACCCAGUUUUUGCCAAAUACCUAUUUAUACCCAUCCAUCAGCACACAGCUCACUGAAUUGAUAGAAAUGUUUUAAGAGUGAAGCUGAAUAGAAAAUGAUUUUCAGAAAAAAAAAACGCACAUUGGUCCAGAAAGAAGGCUUUUGUAUAGUUAACCAGUAUCACCUGGCUAGAUAUGG